GUGUGCAUCCAUAUGUUGAUUACGAUUUGAAUUUAUGUCGUCUAUUUUCAUUUCCUUUAAUUGAUAACGAAGCUAACCAAGAUUUAUCAAACGUGCGACAAUGGUGGAAAAAUUGCGUAGAUACGAGAAAAUCGACUUUUUAGGAGAAGGACAGUUUGCAACUGUAUAUAAAGCAAAAGAUAAUGAAGAUGAUAAAAUCGUAGCUGUAAAAAAGAUUAAAGUUGGAAGUCGUGCAGAAGCUAAGGAUGGCAUAAACAGAACAGCCCUAAGGGAGAUCAAGCUGUUGCAAGAAUUAAAACAUGAAAAUGUUAUCGGAUUGUUAGAUGUUUUUGGACACAAGUCAAACGUGUCACUUGUAUUCGAUUUUAUGGACACAGACUUAGAAGUGAUAAUAAAAGACGUUACCAUAGUGUUGACAUCAGCUAACAUUAAAGCAUACAUGAUUCAAACACUUAAAGGCCUCGACUACCUCCACUUUAAUUGGAUUCUUCACAGAGAUUUAAAACCAAAUAAUCUACUUGUCAAUAGCGAGGGUGUUCUCAAGAUCGGUGACUUUGGACUGGCCAAGUUUUUUGGAUCUCCAAAUCGAAUUAAUACUCACCAGGUGGUAACAAGGUGGUACCGAGCACCGGAGUUAUUAUACGGUGCAAGAUUAUAUGGCACUGGAAUAGAUAUGUGGGCAAUUGGAUGUAUAUUGGCAGAACUUCUCUUACGAAUACCAUUUCUACCUGGGGAAUCGGAUCUAGAUCAGCUGACCAGAAUAUUUCAGACUUUGGGUACACCAACGGAAGAGACAUGGCCAGGGAUGACGGAAUUACCUGACUUCAUUCAGUUUAAGCCAUUUUGUGGAACUCCGCUCAAACACAUAUUUACAGCAGCUGGAGAUGAUUUGUUGGACUUAAUAGCGAGUCUGUUAAAUGUGAAUCCGUUGGCGAGAUGUACGUGCGAUCAAGCUCUUCAGAUGCCGUACUUUAGUAAUAAACCAGCUCCGACUCCAGGACCCAAGUUGCCUCUACCAACAAUUGUUAAAUAUCAACCGGAAGAAAAGCCAAGCCUCAAACGAAAGCUCUUGGAAUCCUUGGAUGGUGCCUCUUUAGCCAAAAGAUUACAAUUUUAAUAUUAAAUAUAUCAAAGGCGCGAAUUUGUAGACUAAUUAGAUCAUUUUGUAUUGUACAGAAAAUUGAAACGGCAGUUAUUCAGUGAUGUACCAUCACUAUAUGUGAUUUUCGGUAUUUCUGAUGCCACUUGUAUUUAUACAUGUACAAUCCGUUAGAUAUUCAGUUUAAUGAAUUUAGUUCAAUUUUAUAUAGCACAACAGCAAUGCAAUCAGUGUCGGUAAAAAAAAUUGCCGCUCCCAUUGUCAGGAUGCUACCAAUCACAUUAUGUGAUUUGUUUCACUGAUUUACGAUACGGACUCUAAGUUAUCUCAAGUAUUCCAUUUUAACGACUUUAGACAAGGGAAUUGCAAUGAAACAGGGUUACCCCUUGAAUAGAAUAAAAUAUUUCGUCGUUAAUUCUAGAAAGAACCUUUUUCAAUUUUCUAUUUUUUCCAAUAAACUUUUAUAUUGUAGGUAUCACGUGCGAAAUUAUAAAUGAUUUAACAAAUUUUGAUAAAA